AUUGAAACAAAUCUUGUUUGGAUUCAACUUUUCCUUUUUUUGACCACGUUGCAUUUCCGAUCGUUGAUGCGAUUGCUGUCUCUGUGCGUUUCUAUUCCAUAAUAGUAUUCGCUUUCCUAAUUCACGUUACAAUUUGCCUGAGUUUUCAAAACCAUAUAUAUAUAUAUUCCACACUGAUGAUCAUUGCAAUGGAGAAACAGUCUAGCUUUUGGCUUCAUUGCGACUCUUGAAUCCUGAUCACAGGACUUGUGGUGGCAAUGUUCAAGUCCUUCUGGUUUGAGAGAGCUGCUCAUCCAGACCAAAUGGAGAAACUACUUACCGGAAAGUGUUCUCGAGAAGUCUUGUUUGGCAUACUCGUGUCUUUUUGUUUAUGCUUUGCAUUGCUUUGCCUGCACAAUUCAACUUCAUUGGGUUUCAGCAAUUGGGUUAACAUUUUGGGGAACAGUCAUGUUCACCACAUAUUUGAUUCUUGCUCCGGUCGUUACAUUUAUGUCUAUGAUGAUCUUCCUGCCAAAUUCAACUAUGACCUGCUCAGAAACUGUAAGUCACUUACUUCAGGGAGUACUAGUGAUUCUGGUGACAAAAAAAAUAUGUGUCCUUACCUUGUGAAUAUGGGUCUUGGUCCUGAAAUUGAGAGCUCUAAAGGUGUUUUAGCAAACAAUAGUUGGUUUACCACAAACCCCUACUUGUUAGAAGUCAUAUUCCACAACAGGAUGAAGCAGUACAAGUGCUUGACAAACAUCUCCACUCUGGCUUCAGCAAUUUAUGUACCAUACUACACUGGCCUUGACGCCAGUCUCCAUCUUUGGGAUACUAACCUCACCGUCAGAGACUCUUCGGGUAAAGAUCUAGUCAAGUGGCUUUCAGGGAAACCUGAAUGGAAGACAAUGUGGGGCAGAGACCAUUUCAUGGUGACUGGCAGGACUUCUUGGGAUUUCAGGAGGACUAACGACAACGUGGAAUGGCCAUGGGGCAGUGGUCUCAGGUUCUUGCCAGAGUCAAAGAACAUGAGUAUGCUUUCGGUAGAAGGAAGCUUGUGGAAAAAUGACUUUGCUAUUCCAUACCCCACGAACUUUCAUCCAGCAAAGGAUAGUGAGAUUAUCCAGUGGCAGAACAGAAUGAGAUAUCUAGAGAGGCCUUACUUGUUUUCUUUUAUUGGAGCACCAAGGCCUGGCUUGGAGAAAUCUAUCAGGGGGGAACUUAUUGAUCAGUGCCGAGCUUCAAGUACUUGCAAGUUUGUAAAUUGUGGUGCUGAUGGGAUCAAUUGUAACAACCCGGUUACUGUUAUGAAGGUGUUUCAAAGCUCAGUUUAUUGCUUGCAGCCCCCAGGGGAUUCACACACUAGGAGAUCAGCUUUCGACUCUAUGCUGGCUGGUUGUAUUCCUGUUUUCUUCCAUCCAGGUUCAGCUUAUAACCAAUAUUUAUGGCAUUUACCAAAGAAUCAUAGCAGAUAUUCAGUGUUUAUCCCCGCAAAGAAUGUGACUGAUUUGAAAGAAGUCUCUAUUGAGAAACUUUUGCUUGGAAUUUCAAAGGAGAAGCAAUUAGCAAUGAGAAAGAAGGUUAUAAAGCUAAUACCAAAGCUGGUAUAUGCAGAUCCCAGGUCAAGAUUGGGGACUGAAGAUGCAUUUGAUUUUGCUGUUAUGGGAAUUCUUGAGAGAAUAGAGAAUGUUAGGCAGUUGAUUAGAGAGGGAAAAGAUCCUAGUAUUGGUUUUGCAGAUGAAGAUAGUUUAAAAUACACAUUUCCUGAGACACUAGAAUAAAGUUUAUUGUAUGCAAAACGUUGUGUUUAGAGAGCACAAAAAGUGACGAUAAAAAAAAAAAAAAAAAAAAAAAUAGAUGUGCAAAUUUAGAAAUGAAACCAGAUCCAUAUUCCAGCAACCAAAGAAUAGAUCUUCUCCUUUUCCUUUUAAACUAAAAAGAUAUUGCCAACAAAUUUCUACAGCUUGUGACUGGUUCAGGAUAUUCGAAUUGUGUUGUUACCGCGAGAUGAAUUUGUAUAUUUAAUUGCUUUUCAUAAUUCCAUAAGAUGUAUCACCUUUCUGAUUUG